AUGUGCUUUGAAUAUAUCUCUUUUGUCUUACUGUCUGUGACAUUUUACUCAUCGCCUGUGUCCCUCCGGAACUUUACAUGUUGCAAGGUUAAAGGGCUGGAUUAUAAGGUUUCUCCAAUAUACUCCGGUAUACCAGAGCAGUGUUUGUAUGAAAGAACACCGAUCAACUCUAACUUACAUUAUGUCGGAGCCACCAUAACAACUGGUACCAUCAACCAAGAGUUUUGCGAAGAGAAAUUGUCGGACGAGAUAUACAAAUACCAGGUGACUGUAGCUGUAUUUUUUGGGAUUGCUAUCUGUUCUAAGGUCUAUACUAUAGGAUAUCUGUUUUCCAAGGAUAAUCGGAUGAACGAUGACCCUCCCCGCGUACCGCUCUCAGUAACCCUCCGUGGACUGAAAAGUAAGAAGAUGCAGAUGUUUUUGGCUGUCGUCAUAGCAACAGGACUAAUGAUUUCCUUGGGUAUCCUGUUGACGGGGACCAUUCUGAGGUUCGAUAACGUGUUCGGCCACAAGGACAUCAAACAUUUAUUCUCCUAUGUGUACUUAAGUGGAAAUAACCUGAACUUCUGGAUGCUGGCCCUCACGUAUUUUAUGGUAACCAUGGGCAGUGUGACUCUGUUACUGUUUGGAUCCGCUUUCGUGUCGGUAGCAUCUGACCUACCAGCUUUUUACAUAGCGACUUUGAGCGGUUUUCUUCUGUCUGUGGUCACCACAAUCCUCGCCAUCUGCGUUUGGAUCAACGUGAGGGUAGAGAUUGAUUGGAAUCUGGUGCCUGAAAUGAGAUCCGCUCUGCUGAACUAUUACAAGACAGAUAGUUCUGAAAAUUCUUUGUAUUACGGAGGUGUGAAUCUGGGAUUCAAUUUUCUGUUUUACGAGGCAAGUGAAUAUUGA